AUGCCCGUAAGCCAUAGGUGCUUAGUCCCUAUUAAGAUUGCAGACUAUGAAGAUGAAAUCUGGUUUGAUGUCUUUCCUAUGGACGUUGCCCAUAUUUUGUUAGGAAGACCUUGGCUGUACGAUCCUGAUGUUUCACAUAAUGGUAGAGCCAACACCUAUAUUUUUAAGUGUAGUGGAAAGAAGAUUGUCCUGAGUCCUUUAGAGCCCAAGAAAGACAAACAAGACAAGGAAAAAAAAAACUUGAAAAGAAGAGAGAAGGUUGGAACUUCUUUGCAUGUUCUAAGUAAAAGACAUUUUGAGCAAGAGUGCAAAGAGACACAACUUAUUUAUGUAGUGGUGACUAAAGAUAAUGAAUCCUCUAUUAUCGAGCAUGAGACACCACUUGAGGUGUCACCCAUACUUUCUGAGUCUGAGGAUGUUAUUUCUAAACCUCCAAAUGAAUUGCCUCUUAUAAGAGAUAUUCAACAUGCCAUAGACCUUGUUAUAGGGUCAUCUUUACCCAAUUUGCCUCAUUAUAGGAUAAAUCAUAAAGAAUAUGAAGAAUUGAAAAGGAAAGUUGAUUAG